AUGGCCAACGCCCGAAAGGCAGCCUUGACGAAGCUCCCACUUGAGCUAUUGUGGUUGAUUUCCGCGCACCUAACACCCGCCGACUUUGCUUGUCUCGCCUUAGGCAACCGUCACCUGCUGAAUUCCUUUUCUACAGAUGCAUUUUCAAAGUUCUCAAGCGUUCGCACCGGAACACCAACAGAUUACGAACGUAUUGAAUUGCUGUCUCGGAUAUCUCGGGAUAUUCCGCAGUACUAUCCCUGCUUCAUCUGUCUUCGCCUUCAUUUGUGGAGAAAGAUUCAACUGCCCAGCCUCUACUCUCCCUCGAUCAAUCACAAUAUAAGCCCUAGGGAUCUCGACAAUUGUCACUUGAUAUUCGAGCUACCCCUCGCAAGCUACCCAUCAUAUACCCACUACGGUUUCUAUUUCGUGCAUCUUCAACUUGCCAUGAGAAGGUUCUAUCAUGGACCGGAAUUUGGUAUUCCUGUUGAGUCAUUGCUUUACACAGAGGUGGGAGCCAAUAUACUUGAACCAAACUCGCUUUUGAUACAGCGCGAUGUCAACAACUUAUCCGGAAAUCCCCAGAGAGGUGUCAUGCUGACGCUUUUCUCUGCUGAGACUCGAAUCUGUUCAACGCCUCCCGGGCUAUGCAUGCGGACGCAAGAUAUAGCAGUGGUGGCUAGAAAGAAUGCAGCAUGGAUUUGGGCAGGUCGCGGAUACGCAAUCAUGAGAGUUUGCAAGCAUAUCAAUACUUUGAAUUCUGACUUUUAUGAUAUCUUGAACUCUCAAAUCAAGCGUUACUGCUCUACCACUGACUCCAAAGCCCACGCCGAUCAAGGCAAAUGUGAUGAAUGCAAUACUUCCUGGCAGUUGGAGAUUCGAACCCUGGAUGAGUCUCGUACAAGUCUCACUCUUACUCGGUGGAUGGACUUGGGACCAGGGCUGAGCACAGAAGAUGUUGAGUGGAAGUAUCGCCUUGAUUGUGUGGUGUCAACACCACCGAGACAGGAACCGGUCGACUCUCGCUCACGAUUCGAGAAGGAGUCUAUUCAAUCUGGGUUCCCAGAUGCAUUGUCCGAAGAAGCAAUGUAUCGGAGGAAUGUUGCUUUGCUAAGGGGGAACACAUUUCAGAGAGUGAUGACUCCUGUGCGCGGUGGAUUCUACAUAUUGCGCGGAGAUUCCAACACAAAGACCGACUCGCCUGGGUGUUUGAUUCUAUGA